CAAUUCCACUUUAAGCUUCAAAGUCUCUCCCUGUCAUCACUUCUUUCACUAAAAAUCCGCCAUGCCGGCCCAAGUGAUCCCUGAGCAGAUCUUUCACUCCAUCCACGACACCAUGAUGGAGGAGACGAAUACAACUUUAUAUCAUAAAAGGUUGGAAGGAAAAGUAGCCAUUAUCACCGGAGGCGCACAUGGAAUAGGCAAAGCAACCGUCAUGCUAUUCGCUAGACACGGUGCCACGGUGGUGAUUGCUGACGUGGACAACGUAGCUGGCUCUUCCCUGGCUAAGUCACUCUCAUCCCACUUAACCUCCUCGACGGUGGCAUUCAUUAGCUGCGAUGUCUCGGUCGAAGCUGACGUGGAAAACCUCGUGAAUGUAACCGUCGCGCGGUAUGGUAGGCUCGACAUUCUAUUCAACAACGCGGGAGUUCUCGGAGACCAAAAGAAACACAAAAGCAUAUUAGACUUCGACGCGGACGAGUUCGACCGCGUGAUGCGUGUGAACGUGCGUGGCAUAGGACUCGGCAUGAAACACGCGGCACGUGCCAUGAUCAAGAGAGGGUUCAAAGGUUGCAUAAUCUCCACGGCAAGUGUAGCCGGUGUGAUGGGUGGAAUGGGACCACACGCUUACACGGCCUCCAAACAUGCGAUCGUUGGUUUGACCAAGAACGCAGCUUGUGAGCUAGGCAAGUAUGGGAUUAGGGUUAAUUGUAUAUCACCGUUUGGAGUUGCCACGUCGAUGCUGGUUAACGCGUGGCGAAAGACGAGUGGUGGAGACGUGGAAGAUGAUGAAGUGGAGGAGAUGGAAGAGUUUGUGAGGAGUUUGGCUAAUUUGAAAGGAGAGACAUUGAGAGCGAAUGAUAUAGCUGAAGCAGCGUUAUAUUUGGCAAGUGAUGAGUCUAAGUAUGUGAACGGACAUAAUCUUGUCGUUGACGGUGGUGUUACGACUGCAAGAAACUGUGUUGGUUUGUGAUCAAAUGUGUCCUUUUUCUGUCUUUUCUCUAAUUGAUCAUCUGCUGUUAAUUAACUGGUUUUGGUAAAUCUUUUUGUUGUUGUUGGAAUAGCUGGUGAAUUAAUAAAACAGUGACUUUAGA